AUGCUCACAUUCUGUCCACAUUGCUCUAAUAUGCUUAUGAUAUCACCUGGUGAUGAUAACAACAACAGAUUCUAUUGCUCCACUUGCCCGUACGAGUUCAAAAUUACCGGUUUGCUGAUGUACGAUCGAAAAAAAUUGCAUAGAAAAGAGGUUGAUGAUGUUUUGGGUGGUGAAGGUACUUGGGACAAUGUUGAUCAAACAGCUGCCCAAUGUCCUAUUGACUCAUGUGGGGGAGAUAAAGCUUAUUUUUUCCAACUACAGAUUCGAAGUGCAGACGAACCAAUGACAACAUUUUACAAAUGUGUCAAAUGUGGACACAGGUGGAAAGAAAAUUAG